AUAUGUACAAGUAAAUAACAUUAUAUAUACAAUAUGUGUAAUCCAAGUUUGAUUCAAAUCACUCUGAUAAUGUUUAGAAUAAAAAAACUAAAUUAAAUCGUGAUUGAAGUCAAUUUCUAUUGGUAGAAAUGGACGUAAAUUGUGCAGUUUUUAUUGCCCGGUUCGUAUACGAAAUUUUCCUCUUAAUCCGGAUCGAUAAUUUUUAGAAUUAGAAAGAAUUGAUUAAAUCGUGACUAGACAAUUUCUAUUGGUAGAAAUGGAUGUAAAUUGUGCACUUUCCUCUAAUGCGGAUCGAUACUGAAGACAGAAAAAAAAAGUUAACUCAUGGCAGAUAUCUCAUGCUUUCAAUGCGUAUCUUUUAAUAAUGAAAAAAGAUGUACGUGUAAUUAUUAGUUGCGACAGUAGACAAACACUUCAGCUUUAUUGUACGCACAUGGCAUAGAUCGUAUCUCCGAUCUAAUGAUGAUACGGCUUUCAUUUGUCUUUUUUUUUUACUUUAUAUCAAACAGCAACAAAGAUACAACGAAUCUACAGCGAUAACAAUAAAGACAGGUACGUCAUGUCCGUACUUUGGCCAGGCGAUCCUUCAGUCUUCGGUCGGAGCUCCGGUGCACAGUCUCGCGGCCGCUCCGCGUCCUCCGUGCGGUGCCCACACACAUGCAUCCGCCGCCGCGUGUCUCCCCGACGCCUUGUACACCGUCCAGAGAGAUAACAACAGAACGCGUCGCUCGUGGCCGGCGAUACAGCGACAUGGUCCAAUACACAACAUUCCUGACUGUGCGAUGAAUCGCCGCUGUCGGCGAUGUCGAGACGAUUAACUUGUAAUCCAAACGAUUAUGCGACCGUAUGAGGGACUCUGUGCGAGCAGCAGGAGUGAACUGCCUGCGAUGUGAUACACCUUGACACACCUGCGUGCCUCCGAGUAUCCGUUCGAAUCGCUCGACGUCUCGUUGAAAGUGAUGAACGAUGUCCCGAAUGCGUAAACGCUCCAAGAGAUAGCCGUAGGAUUUCCCGUUGCACGAAACCCGAACCGCCGGUUCGAACGGGGGAGAGAAGGGUCGUCCGAGAGAUGAGCGCCUUCCUCGACUGCGCUCAGGACGAGAGAGCACCGAGUGUCGCGGAUCACGCGAGAUUAAACAUGAGCGCCACGAACAGCGAUACAGGGGAGGACGUGAGAGGCGGUAAGCUCAACAAGUCGACGCAGAGCGAUCUCCCGCAAUCGGCGUGGAGGUAUCCUUGCGGCGGGCAGAGGUCCAGGCCGAUGUCCUUGGCGUAUCUGUCGACGAAGCAGACCCCGAUGAGCGAGUCGAGCUUCUCCACGCACAGCUCCAGGAGCACGCUGUACCCCGUUCAGAGCGAGCUGGUCUUGUCGUCUAGAACCAGGCACAACAACAAUCGAUACGUGUCCUUGGACAUGAGACCGAUCGGCAAUCUUUCGUAUCCUAGUCCGUAUACCAACAGCCAGAUUUUAGGCAACAGUGCACCGUACACGUGUUGCUGUACGUGCACGGGCUCGCAGGUGCCGCAACCGCCGCUGCCGCCGCAGACAUCGUUCUCGCAAGCCGAGUCCGAAGACCACGACGGGCCCGAGAGUCUCUCGUGGAGGAGGCUUCACAUGAGCAGGGCAAAGCUGAAAGCAACUGCAACCACAUCCGAGCUUCUUAGUGGAUUCGCAAUGGUGGCGAUGGUGGAGCUGCAAAUAAAUGAGCCGACUGCGGUGCCAGAAUGGCUGUUUGUAAUGUUCGCCGUUUGCACCACCUUCUUGGUGUCGGUGCACAUCUUCGCGUUGAUGAUCAGCACGUAUCUCUUACCCAACAUCGAGGCCAUAAGUAAGCUCCAGGUCUCGCGCCUCAUAACAGAGUCGCCCCAUGAGAGGAUGCGCGGUUUCAUCGAAUUAGCCUGGGUGUUUUCCACGAUACUCGGGCUGUUUCUCUUUCUAGUAGAGGUAGCCAUUCUCUGCUGGGUCAAGUUCUGGGACUACUCCUUUACCGCCGCCACUGCCAGCACCGUGAUAGUCAUUCCCGUGCUCAUAGUGUUCGUCGCCUUCGCUGUUCACUUCUAUCACUCUUUGGUAGUUUACAAGUGCGAAAGCGCGGUGUCGGAUAUGAAAGAUUUGGAAAGCAUAAAGAGGAACUUGGACAAUGUGACGAUAGGACAAACUAGCGUGUAAGCUCAAGACAAUAACACAAUCUGAAAUAUAUAAAUAUAUACGCAAAUGAUUAAACAAGAGAGAAUGCAUUGAAGUUUAACGAAUAAGAAUUAUAUCGUAUAAUUUCUACCAGAGUGUAAAUUAAUUUGUGGCAGGUAGGAAUACUCAGGUAUAAAAUAGAGAGGUGUUGCUCUUGAACUUGAGACAUAUCUUAAUGAGAGUGACACAAGAAAAGAACACUAUGUGCGGAUUUGUUAUCAAUAACUUUACUUUUCAAACGCGACCAUGUGAAAAUGGUCAGGUUUUAUUAUAUAUAAAAAUGUACAUAGCUGUACACAUGCAAGUCGAGAAUUGCAACGGUACAAGCGAGUGCUCUUUAGUAUAUUACCUAUAUAAUAUCCAGCAUUUAAUAAUAUUUGUGUGUAUACGGUU